AUUUCAACAAACUUGAUAUCGAAUCGUUGACAGCUGUUAACAGCGUACUCUUUCGAUUCGUUUCGAUAAUGUUUGUCUACAAGUUUCAGCGUUUCGCCACCCGGUGACGCCACCGUGAUGUUACGAAGCGUAACGUAGUGUACCAUACCUUCCGUUUCCGUUGUAUUCCCAGGACCGCGUAGUUUGUUUCAGUUCGACUACUAUUUGUCCGACCGCGAAAACGAAAGUACCUUCGUACGUUCUACCAAGAGUUGUGCAGUUGUUCGAGUGAAAAAGAUUUUCAAUCGUGUCGCAUUUUCCUUGAGAAACGCUGCACUUAGUAUUUAAUCAAUUAAAAAUCGCGACCGUUUCGUGGUCGCGUUUGUUCAGACUACGAAGUAAAUAAGGCUGUUUCUUCUAAAUGCGUAGUAGCUUUAUCGAAGGGAUGCGUAAUUUUUGCGAACGAGGAGUUAUCAACCGAGUUGAACGGCUGUAAUUAUUUCUCCCUCCGCCAAAGGCACGUCGCUUUUGCACAUUGGUAUAAUGUAUGCCAUCAUCGUUAUCAUGUUGUGUUUUAUCACGAUUUUGAAUUGACAAGUAGGUGUUAGGUUAUAAUAAGGUUGUAUUUAUCAUUUUCGAAAAAUGAGUGUGCGUACAUAACAUUUAUCGCUCUCUCUCUCUCUGUCUCUCUCUAAUGGAAAAAUUUGCGCGUAAAUUACAUUUUACAAAUUACAUUACACAAAGUAUGAUCGAGUGCCUCAUAAUAUUGGUGUUUUGCAUUGAAUUUAUCAUAGUAUUACUAACCGCUGGUUAUCGAUAAACUCUAUUUGAUUAAUCAUCAGUAAUAAGAUGAAUGCUUUCGAAACUGAUAUGUUUGCUCUGAGUGAUGAGGAAUUACCUGUAGAGACUCCAAAAUACAAUCCUAUUGAAGCGCAUUUAAUGAAACAAUAUUCCGAUGUGAAAGCACGAAUUGAAAAGAUAAAUGACGACAUCAAAGAAGUUCAUGAUACGACGGGACGCAUUCAAAAACGUUUGCAAGAUCAAGCUCAGUAUGGAGAAAAUGCAACCUCGGAUUCUGACAGUGACUUGUACACCAUCGUUGGACAACCAGUUGUGAAAAAAAAACAACAAGGUACAAGGAGACACAGCCAAGUUUUAAUUGUACAAAGCAGUUGGAAACGCAUUCUUUGGAAUAAAUGGGUCAUUGGUAUAGUUCUGCAAAAUACGUCGACACAAAUACUACACGAUCCGCAGAUAUAUAUCGAUCUCAAAGGAUCCAACGAAGUUAGCGGUUCGUCGUCGUUUUGGUCUUUUAUGGAUAGCUCGUUUUGGUGUCGAACCGAUAGCAUUAAAUCUCGUAAAGAAGUUGUUGCCACCGUUGUUCUCGAGUUGCCGAAAUUCGACGAGAACGCAUUUUACGACGUGUAUGGUACGGUUUCGUACGAGGUCGAUGAAAAACAGUAUCAAACGCCUGUGCCCUGUAUUCGUCUCUGUUUCGAGGAGAUGAUCGAUAACAGUAGCGGUAUCAAAUUUACAAAUAACCCGGAGCAGAAUAUUUUGGCAAUAAAAAGUAUGUCGAUGGAGAAAACUGUUGAUAUACAAAUCGAAGAGCAUCCUGGACGGGAAGAGCAUUUUUUAACGUAUUUGGCAUACUUAUCGUUCAAAGAAAUUUGCUCGCGCGUAUACGCAGCGGAAACAACCGGAAGUCUGAUGUUCUGCCUAAUAGAGAUACUGUCUCUGAUCGAAGGACAGGCCAGAUUACGAAUAUUUUCAAAGUCUAGUUGCCAGAUGAAUAUAAUUUUACGAGUUCUAAGAGAUCAAUUUCCACACAUGACUGUCCAAGACAAUGAUAAUUGCGUCCACGCAGCAAUGGCUCUAUUAGAGGAAUUAAAGUUGUACGUAAGAAACGGAAGUACUUUCGAGCAGCAAAUGGCAAGAGUUAAAACCGACCUACUUAUCUCGUGAUGACGGUAGGUGUCUGCUGCCAUCAUCUGUUCCGUGGAGAACUUUGUUAUGUCGUAGUCGUAUGCAGUAUCCAGUCUCACAUAUAAAAGGCUC